AUCCCAGGCAAGAGACAAGGCAGACAAAGGUUUAUUUGUAAAGAACUUCCUUCUAGCACCUCCUUUUUUCUCCUUUUGCCCAAACUCACCCAGUGAAUUGGAGCAUUUAAGAAGAUUCCUUUGCCAAGAAGACCAAAAGGAACGGAGAAGAAAGGAGCAAAAAGCCAAGAUGAAAUUUAUAGUACUUGCUGUCACCGUUGGUCUAACUUUGCUGCUAGGAGUCCAAGCCAUGCCUGCCAAUCGCCUCUCUUGCUACAGAAAGACACUAAAAGAUCGCAACUGUCACAACCUUCCAGAGGGAGUAACUGACCUGACAAAGAUGGAUGUAAACGUCCAGGAUCACUUCUGGGAUGGGAAGGGAUGUGAGAUGAUCUGUUACUGCAACUUCAGCGAAUUGCUCUGCUGCCCAAAAGAUAUCUUCUUUGGACCAAAGAUCUCUUUUGUGAUUCCUUGCAACAAUCAUUGAGAAUCUUCAUGUAUUCCAGAGAACAUCAUCUCUCGUUUCCCACAAAUUGCACUAUAUCAACAUAACUGCAUUUCAGGUUUCUAUCCAGUGCAAUAAAGCACAGAUUCUAUAAAUUC